CAGUCCUCUCCAGUCCUCUGAGGGUACCGGGUCAGCAGCAUGUCCAACUCAGAUCGCGUGGUGCUAGUGCUGGGGGGAGCGGGCACUGUGGGCUCUGGCGUGGUCAAAGCGCUGCUGGACAAAGGUUUUAAAGUCGCAGUGAUCUCCAGAGACAGUAGUCGGCUUGACAGACUGUGCUCAUUUGUCUCUCCCAAUACAAAGGAUAAUCUCACCACUAUAGUUGGCAAUGUGGGGUCUGAGGAUGGGGCAGAGCAGGUGAAACAGGAACUGCUUAAGUCUGUGGGAAAGGUGACUGAUGUGGUGUCAUCUAUGGGCUUCAGCUGGUGGCAGGGAGGCCCCCCUCAUACACAGACUCUGAAAGACCUACACUGGGUUAUUGACUGCUUACUGUAUAGCACAUUUGUCUCAUGGAAGGCUUUCUAUCCACUGGUGAGGGAUGACCCCGACUGCACUUACACCUUUAUUACAGGUGGGGCUGGGGAGAAGCUGCUGAUGCCUGGUACUGGGUUUCUCACAGUGGGGGCAGCAAGCAGUCUUGCCUUCUGCCAAGUGCUCAGAGAGGAGUACCCUGAUGUGGCCUGCAAACUCACUCAGGUGAGGAUUGAUACCGGCGUUGCAACCUCUGAGCGUUUGGCCCCUGGGUUCCUGAAUCAUCUGGAGCUUGGGCAGGCAGUGGCUGCUCUAGUGGAACGACGCAGCACUUCUCACUCUGUCUUCAACUUCAACUGCCCUGCGGAUUUAAAAACUGUUCUCUUGGACCAACAUGUUUAGAUAUAUAACAGUGGUGUCCAAACUUUUUUCCACCAAGGGCCACAUAUUGAAACUUAAAUGGAGCAAAGGGCCACAGAUUACAGGAUAAUGAAGUGAAUCAUGAAA